UACAACCAGCUGCACAAAAAGCACAGAGGCUUAAUCCCAACACUCAUGCCCAGGGACUAAUUUGCUGUCCAGCAGUAACCUUGGCAAUCAGAAGAAGGACUGUAUCUCGCAAGGACAAAAAAUUUAUUACAAAAAAGAAAAAGAAAAAAGAAAACAAGAACUCCAAGAGGAUUAAUUUCACUUUGCUAAUUCUAAUCCAGAGCUGGUAGAGACGGAAUUCCACAGCUCCUGAGCAGGGCACAAACUGCAGCUGAAGGGGAGUUAUAUCAUAAGUUCUUAAAGUCUUUUUUUCCAUUGGCUCUUUAGGGUGACUUUUUUGCACCUGAAAGCUACUAAAGGACAUCUUUGUGGGGAGUUCUUUUGUUGGAAAUUAAUCCCCUCUAUUAAUUGUUAAACUCAAGACAUUGUAAAUUUUAUUGAUAAAGUAGUUAUUUUUCCAUCACUAAGAUAACAUAUAUUUCUUCCACGGAGAUACAGAGUCUGGAGCUGUUAGCUUUUUUUCCCAUUGUAUCCCAUACGGAGUGGAGUUGGAAGCUGCUGUAGAGUGGGGUUGCCAGUGCACUUGGUCAUGGCCUUCGGCGAUAUCCUGGAGCAGGUAGGCAGCACGGGGAGGUUCCAGGUGGUGCAUGUAACCCUGCUGUGCGCCCCCAUCCUCAUGAUGGCCAGCCACAACCUGCUCCAGAACUUUGUGGCCGCUGUGCCCCCCCAUUUCUGCCGCGCCCCAAAGAACUCCUCCGUUGCCCACCUGGACCCCCAGGUGGCGCUGCUGCUCACCGUGCCGCUCGACUCGGCGGGAAAGCCGUCGAAGUGCCAGCGUUACUCCGUGCCUCAGUGGCACCUGCUGGCCGGCAAUGGCACCUCCGUGGAGGCAGGGGGCACUGUCUCCAGCACCCUGGACCCGCUCAGUGCAGAUCUGCAAGGCUGCGAGGAGGGAUGGGAGUACGACGUGACUGAAAUGAGCUCCACUAUCAUAUCUGAGUGGAAUUUGGUAUGCAGUUCUCGGUCGCUUAAACAGAUGGGACAGAGCGUUUACAUGGGAGGGGUGCUAGUGGGAGCAGUGGUCUUUGGGGGGCUCUCGGACAGGUUUGGGCGCCGGAUCCUGCUGCUCAUCUCCUACCUGCUGAUGGCGGUGGGGGGCACGUGUGCUGCGUUCUCCCCCACCUUCCACCUCUUCUGCUUCUUCCGUUUCCUGUGCGGCAUGGCGCUUUCGGGACUGGUCCUCAACAGCUUCUCCUUAAUUGUGGAGUGGAUUCCCACGCACGUGAGGACGGUGGUUGGCACUGGGUCUGGGUACUGCUACACCAUGGGUCAGCUGAUUUUGGCGGGGAUGGCGUACUUCAUCAGAGACUGGCGCUGGCUGACGCUCGCGGUCUCCUUACCCUACUACAUCGCUUUCCUCUACUCUUGGUGGUUCUUGGAGAGCUCGCGGUGGCUGAUUCUGAACGGGAAGUCAGAAGAAGCGGUCAAGAACCUGCGGACUGUGGCUCGCAUCAAUGGGAGGAGGGCAGAAGGGGAAAAAAUCAACACUGAGGUGCUACAGGAGUCAAUGAAGAAGGAGAUGUCCUGUUCACAGGGCACACACUCUGCCCUUGACCUGCUGCGUACCCCCGCCAUGAGAACCAUCACCAUCUCCCUCUGCUUUGUCUGGUUCGCCACCAGCUUUGCCUAUUAUGGGCUGUCCAUGGACCUGCAGAAGUUUGGUGUGGAUAUCUACCUGAUUCAGGUGAUCUUCGGAGCUGUGGACAUCCCUGCCAAAGUGGUCAUCACCGUGUCCAUGAGCAUGAUUGGCAGACGACCUUCCCAAAGUGCUGCCAUCAUACUGGCUGGCUUCAUGAUACUGGCCAACUUAUUAGUGCCAUAUGACAUGCAGGUGGUGCGCACCACUCUUGCAGUGCUGGGAAAGGGCUGCUUGGCCGCAUCUUUCAGCUGCUGCUAUCUGUACUCCGGAGAGCUUUUUCCCACCAUUAUCCGGCAAAACGGCAUGGGCUGGGUGUCCAUGAUGGCUCGUCUGGGGGCAAUGGUGGCCCCCCUCAUACUAAUCCCUGGAGAGGCGCUGGCCUGGCUUCCGGGGCUCAUCUACGGGGGGGUGCCCAUCUUGGCUGGGGGGGUUGCCCUCUUCCUGCCUGAAACCCUGGCAAUGCCCCUCCCUGACACCAUUCAGGAUGCAGAAGAACGAUCGCUCAGCCAGAAAUCCUCGAAAUCUCUAAAAAAGGGGGAUAUUGUACUGAAGGAAGCUAACAAUUCUUUACUGAAGGAAACCGUCUGA